GGGGCGUUUUGGCGGAUAUAAAAAAACAUAAAAAAACAUUUCCGAAAUUUUAUUGGCGGAACCCUAAUCAGCGGGGGUGAGUUGCUUCUUUGAAAUUGAAAAUUAGAACAGCGACUCUCGACGAGCAACGUGGUGGUAACACUCCCCCAGUUCUUAUUUAGUGGUACUGGGGUAGGCCUUACUUUUCCCACUCGGGCAUUAAACCAACCACCCGGACUGCGUAACCAGAGCACCCCGGACUGCGUAACCAGAGCACCCCGGAGAGAGAGAGAGAGAGAGAGAGAGAGAGAGAGAGAGAGAGAGAGAGAGAGAUGAAGUACGUGCUGGUGACGGGAGGGGUGGUAAGUGGGCUGGGAAAGGGCGUGACUGCAAGUAGCGUCGGUGUCGUCCUCAAAGCCUGUGGCCUUCGCGUCACCUCCAUCAAAAUAGAUCCUUACCUGAACACCGAUGCUGGUACCAUGUCUCCAUUUGAACAUGGAGAAGUUUUUGUUCUUGAUGACGGGGGAGAGGUUGACUUGGAUCUGGGUAACUAUGAACGAUUCUUGGAUGUGACUCUUACUAGAGAUAACAACAUUACUACAGGAAAAAUCUAUCAGUCUGUUCUCGACAAGGAACGCAGAGGUGAUUAUCUUGGAAAAACUGUCCAGGUCGUCCCACACAUAACAGAUGCCAUUAAAAAUUGGAUUGAACGGGUAUCUGCCAUUCCUGUCGAUGGGAAAGAGGGCCCAGCUGAUGUUUGCGUGAUAGAAUUGGGUGGGACUGUUGGUGACAUUGAAUCAAUGCCAUUCAUUGAGGCUUUACGACAAUUGUCCUUCUCAGUUGGUCAAGAUCAUUUCUGCCUCAUUCAUGUGAGCCUUAUACCUGUACUGGGCGUUGUUGGAGAGCAAAAAACAAAGCCUACACAACAUAGUGUUCGGGAAUUGAGAGCCUUGGGACUGACUCCUCAUUUGUUAGCAUGUCGAUCUGCUCAGCCUUUAUUGGAAAAUACAAAGCAGAAGCUUUCCCAGUUUUGCCAUGUUCCAGUUGGUAAUAUUCUCAAUGUUCAUGAUGUUCCAAACAUUUGGCAUGUUCCUCUUUUACUUCGGAACCAAAAUGCUCACAAUGCCAUCCUAAGACAGCUGGACUUACUCAGAGUUGCUACGCCUCCUGUUUUACAGGAGUGGAACGAGAGGGCAGAGACUUUUGACAAUCUCACUAAUUCUGUGAGAAUUGCAAUGGUGGGGAAGUACGUUGGAUUAACAGAUUCCUAUUUGUCUGUUGUGAAGGCUCUUCUGCAUGCAUGUAUUGCAUGUUCAUUGAAGCCAUCAGUUGAUUGGAUUGCAGCUUCAGACCUUGAAGAUGAGAGUCAGAUAUUGAUGCCAAAAGCUCAUGCUGCCGCAUGGGAGACUUUGAGGAGUGCGGCAUGUGUCUUGGUUCCUGGUGGAUUUGGAGAUCGUGGUGUGAAAGGAAUGAUGUUAGCAGCAAAGUAUGCCCGGGAGAAUAAAGUUCCAUACCUUGGGAUUUGUUUGGGCAUGCAGAUUUCGGUUAUUGAGUUUGCUAGAUCUGUUCUGGGUUUGGAAAAGGCAAAUAGUGAAGAAUUUGAUGAUGAGACACCCAAUCCUGUUGUAAUUUUCAUGCCGGAGGGUUCUAAAACACAUAUGGGAAGCACAAUGAGGCUUGGGUGUCGAAGAACUCUCUUUCAGACUUCUAAUUGUAUCAGCGCAAAACUGUACCAUAAUUCAGAGAGUGUGGAAGAACGACAUCGACAUAGAUAUGAGGUGAACCCAGCAGUGAUCAGUGUGUUAGAAGAAGCUGGUUUAAAUUUUGUGGGGAAGGAUGAAAGUGGACAGCGAAUGGAGAUCUUAGAACUCCGAAGUCAUCCAUACUAUGUAGGAGUACAGUUUCAUCCAGAAUUCAAGUCACGACCUGGGAGGCCUUCAGCUCUGUUUCUUGGUCUUAUAUUGGCAGCAACAGGGAGGUUAGAAGCACAUCUUAGCAACCGUCAGAAUGGAAGUCUGUAAGAGACUCGUCAGUCUAAAUAUGUUUACAAUAUCGUACGAGGAGAUAGAGGCUUUAUAGUGGACUGGUGGUCAUCGAGGGUUGAAAAAAGUGAAUCUUCAAUGACAUGCUAAACUAAGCUGGAGAAACGUGCUCCUUGCUGCAUCUAGAAGUGUUGCAACCUUUGAGCUCAAAGCUGACUUUGACUCUUUUUUAUGUGUUUCUUUGGUUAGUUGCUCGAUCUCCCCUCAUUUUGGUCUAUUGUGGUGGAGAUUUGUUGUUUCUAAGUUUUUUCUUGCAUGAAUGAUAUCAAUUGGUACAAAGUUUUUUUGAUAGGUAUACAUUAUGAAGUUUUGAUUGCAGAGUUUUUGCUCUUACUUCCUUAACCCACCCUUCUUGAAUAUUGACUCAAUGUUUUAGAGGCAGAAUAACUCCAUGGACUAGAAGUGUAGGGUUACAUACAUCCCACUCUCCCCAUGGUAGGUUGAGGCAACGAGCCAUGGUCACGUCGCUCUACAUGUGGUAGUUGGAUUGCGUCUGGCUAGCCCCUCGCUAUAAUAAUUUCGCAAUUUAUUCCCAUGAUCAGAUCUCUCUUUUUUCCCCCAGAAGAAGUAUUCUAGCUGCCUCUUUUUUUGAACGGCAAGAAUGAUUCUAGCUACUGAAUAGAUGGUACAAAUAUCUAGAGUGACAUAGGUUUGUUUAUUUAUACAGAUGCAUAAUCUUAGGAUACAGAAUCAUCAUUUGUUGAUUGGCUGAUUGAUCUCACCAACAGCAUUGUGAGCUAUAUCAAGAGACUGUCCUUUUUUCCCAGUUCAUCGAAUCAUUAUUAUGUCUGUUAACCGUAAAGCAUUCUAUGAAUCUUCUUUUUCUUUUUUGUUGGUAUUUCUGGAUCAUUCUGUAUUUUAAUUUCAUUUCAUGGUAUGAAUACAAUGAUGCUUUAUUUAAGAAAUUUGAUUACUCAACCAAACGUACUCCCAGAAAUUCUGCAAUGCCUCUUUUACAAAAUAUGCGCUUGUAUACAUGUAUCCAAGCCCGAGAAGGCCAAAAUUUUAUGGGGUGUAAAAGCAGAAGAAUGAAAUCGGAGGUGCUCAGGCGCUAUUUCCAUGAUCAACCUGUGCUUCUAUUGAGCAUCUCAUUGUACUGGAGAUGUGAUAUCUGUCUCUGCAGCUUCAUUUGCUCGUAGAAUUUAGCUAUGAACUGGUCUGCCUUGAUAUCAAUCCCUUCAUCAACUGGAAUUAUUGCUUCACAAACUUCACAUACAUUAUCUUCAUUGUCUUCGUCGUCGCCUCCCAUCAUGAUAGUCUUUCUCGCUCCUCCAUCACUACAAUAACUCAAAAAAUUAUCAUCAUUAUCAUCCUUGAACUCGCUAUCGUAGUCAAAGUCACCACGUGGGGUUAUGCAUGGGAUCCGAGGCAUCCGGAAUCGCAUUGACGAUGGGCGGUGCAUCUUGAUGUUGAUAAUGGGGGUGUUUUCGAAGGAGAGCUCACGCUCUCCAUAGUGGAUUGCGUCCCGUUUGGUGGAGUGUCCGAGGGUUUUUAGGAACUUGGGGAAGAGACGUAGUAGGUCCAUCACGAGUCUCUUCCUGAAUAAACCACCUUUUCUUGCCCAUAACAAGGCUAGACGGAGGAUGUUCCAUGCUCUGUGAGCAAUGUCUGAUCUCUGCUUAUGCAUUUUGCUGGUUUGGGGUCUGUUUUCAGAGCAGGAGUAGGAAGUAACGGGAAUGCUGUGAAUAAUUAGAGGGAGUGCAGAGAAUUUCUUGAAGAGUUGAAAUGAUUUCACGUUUGAGAUAAGUGCAAACAAUUGUUU